AUGAAUGGCUCUUGUUGUGGUAGUAACGAGAAGGAGAAAUCAAAGAUUAUUGAUUGCCCCAAAUGCACGACAGCAUUUCGGUUGUGUCUCAAGGAGUAUCCUGGUGGAGUUGAAUCUUUCGGCUGUCCGUUCGGCGAGAGUACAACAAAGAUUCUUGGGAGUUCCAGCUUUGAGCUUCAUGGUCACAAGUUUGCCACAAUCACCGUGCCAUUCACAUUUCGUUGGACUCAAUCAUUUUCGUUAAUUCUCCAAGCAUUGGACAUGUACAGGAAUUCUUCGUCACCAGCCAUUAUCGAGGAAGUGGCAUAUUCGGGAACAAUUUCACCACCAUCCGAUUGGAUAAGCUUAGACAAUAGUAAUCAACCGAGUAGAAAUGCUCGUAUUAGAUAUAAAAUUCGUGUGAUAUGUGAUGAACAUUAUUAUAAUUCAACUUGCACUGUGUUGUGUAAGCCUCGCGAUGACUUCUUUGGUCACUACACUUGUGGCGAUAAAGGUCAAAAGGUUUGUCAGAAAGGAUGGAGUGGUGACAACUGCGACAAGCCAAUCUGUUUGAACGGAUGUGUUCAUGGAACGUGUGAACGACCAGGUGUGUGUCAAUGUCGUAACGGCUAUAAAGGAGCGAUAUGUGAUGAGUGUCAAGCAUAUCCAGGAUGUAAAAAUGGCUUCUGUGAAAAGCCAUGGGAGUGUAGAUGUCAUAAAAAUUGGGGUGGAAUACUCUGUGACAAAGAUUUAAAUUACUGCGGAACUCACGAACCGUGUUUGUUCGGUGGUACGUGUCAUCAUAUUGGCGGGGAACAGUUUAGUUGCACAUGUCCCGAGGGAUUAUCAGGCGCUCGAUGUGAGAUUGUCGAGCAUCCUUGUGCGCCAGUGCCAUGUAAAAAUGGCGCAACGUGCACCAUCAAAGAGUCAUCGAAGAAGAAUGUCACGAAGCCUGAAUACAAACCGAGACAAUAUCGUGGCAUGAGCUCAAUGGGAGCACCAGUUUCAGCGCGCACUGUCGCAGUUAAUGACAAUUUCACUUUGUCAUCAUCGACAAAAACUGAGUCUGAAUACGUGUGUACAUGCACUCCAGGCUUUACUGGCGAACGAUGUGAACAAAAUAUUGAUGAAUGCGAGAAUGUACCGUGCAAAAACGGCGCCACUUGCAUCGAUCUUGUUAACGAUUAUCAAUGUAAUUGCAUCGCUGGCUUUACUGGUCAUGAUUGCGAUAUAAAUAUUGACGAAUGCGUCAACAAUCCAUGUCAGAAUGGUCAAUGUGUGGAUAUGAUCAAUGGCUUUUAUUGCAUGUGUCCCGACGGUUUUAGUGGCACAUUAUGUGAGACAAUGAUCAAUGACUAUGAUGACGAUCUAUCAGAUUUAUGUGCUUCGGGACCAUGUCACAAUAAUGGAUCUUGUGAGUCAGGAGACGGAUGGUUUCGAUGUGUUUGUUCAGCCGGAUUCGAUGGUCCCGACUGCCGCAUUAAUAUAAACGAAUGCGCAUCUCAACCGUGCACUGAAGGUGCGACUUGUAUCGAUGGUAUCGGUAAAUUCUCAUGCGUUUGUCCAUCGAACAGACGAGGAAAACGAUGUGAAAUUUGAACUUCCUUUGUACAUGAAUGUAAUGAUAAUGAAGUGUGCGUUCCAGCAUUGAAAGAAACUUGUUUGUCACCACCAUGUGUAAAGCGUGGUGAUUGCCGGAUGCUUGAACAAUCGCUUCGUACUGCACCACCAAAAUAUCCAGCAACAAGUAAAUGUUGGCCGAACCAAGCGAUAUUAAGUGAAAACUGUUCACGUAUUAACAUCGUGCUUGAUAUGCUGAAGAUCUCAAAAGGACUGUCGACUGAAUCAUAUUGUCAUAAUCUCCGUACAAUUCUCGGCGGACGAAUGGUCGAGCAGCGAAUCUUUUUCCACUCAGCAAUUAUAAUCAUCUGUGAUAUAAAAUCUGGAUCAAAUGACACAAUCGAAGUGACAAUUUCAUGCAACGAUGAGACAAGCACCGUGCUUCCAAAGGUGGUGGCAAUGUUAGGCGAACUUUUGUCGAGACCUAAACUACAUAUUAAAGAUUCUUAUUUAAUUGAUUAUCCAGAGAUAAUCGCUUUGAAUGCAAUAGUAGAAAUCAAAGUGGAAACAGCAAUAACGAAUGAGAACAUUGAACGAGAAGCGUAUCUUCUCAUAGUCUUCAUAGGUGUAUUAAUAUUAAUCAUAAGUUCAGUGAUAUACACUUUGUGUCUAUGGCAUUCAAAUGAGACGAUUUGUUUCCGUCAAUCAGAAAUCGAUCUCUCGGUGACCGACACCACCCGUUGUCACGAUGAAGAGAAAUCAAAUAAUCUUCAAAACGAGGAGAACUUUCGACGUUAUGCAAAUCCGUUGAAGAAUUCAUCAUGCUCAUUGCGAAGUUCAAAUGUUGAGUUAAAUCCGAUACAAGAUUUAGCUGGGCCGAGUGGAAUGAGUCGAUCGCAGCUGUCGAUAUUAAAGUCACAUCCGAAUGACUAUGCGAGUGAAUUUGAGACAACAAAAACUCUUAAUUCACAAUCGCUUUUCAAAACACAAAACUCCGAUGUAGAUAAGAAUACAAUUCAAGGCAUUGAAAGCCAACAGUUAACGUCUUCAACACAUUUUAAUAGUAGCAACAGCAACGCUCAUCAUACGAUAAAUAAUGUUAAUUCAAAUGAUACGCUCACAUUGCAUAUAUAA